AUGAUUGGACAAUCAGAUGAUGAGUACUGGUCAAGUCUUGACAAGAAUGAGCAAGCAAAGUUCCUGGACGCCUUUCUAGUAUGUGAUUCUGGUAAAGUAAGGUCUACUUUUGUGGGUCUUACUACUACUAGUUCAGGAAUUAGCGAGCAAAAGAAAGAUGAUGUAAGAAAGGUACUGAUUGGAAGUUUGCUUAAAAGAUUGGAGAAGCUUGCGUUUGAUGAUGAUGUGGAGGGCUCUCUUCAGAUGAGAGUUGUGUUCAACGUCUAUAAAGAUUUUGCAUCAAACUUGAGUCAAGAAGAAUGUCGACUAAUUCUGCUCCCCUUGUACAAAGUUUGCCAAGGGUUUACCGGCAAAGUCAUCUCACAUGAGGUGAAACAAUUAGCAGAAGAGGUGAGAGAUGGUAUAAGAGACAAGAUAUUAGGCAUCCCAAUGUUUGUUCAAGUUUACAGCGAAAUCAAAAAGAGCUUGGAAGCGAAAAGGGACAAGAGGAAACGAGAGGAGAAGAUAAUGGCAGUGGUAAACCCUGAGAGAAACGCAAAGAGGAAGCUGAAGCUAGCCUCCAAGAACAAGGCUAACAAGAAGAGGACUAUGAGCAGUAAAAUGGCUAGAUGGUCACGCUCUUGA